GUUAUGCGUGAGCAGCAGUGUUUUGCAGCCAGGACACCGUCAGGACACCAUGCUGAUACUACUCCUCUCCACGCUAGCCCUGGUAGGGGCGCAGCACUACGACGAGCACUACCAGUUCGGGCAUCUCGCCCGCCCCAUUGACGACAUUGUGGUCUUCGACUGUGGAAGCAACCCCAACCGUGCGAUAAAGAACCCAAAGUUCACCUUCAGCAGGAAUGACCUGGAACUGCCAGGUACCAUUACCAUCUAUGACAUGGAGAUUGAAGUGACAAAGCCCAUCACCAGGCCCUUCAACGGGAGGGUGGAGGCUUGGAGAACCAUCUGGCUUCUCGGUGGGGCCGGCAGCACCAUCCAGAUCGGCUGCUUCGGCCUCACAAGCUCCGGUACGAUAGGACUGGACGGUGUGGGAACAUGCGACUACGGGGAACUUUGCAACAUUUUGGACCAGAACACGCCAAUCAACGACACCACGGGUGAACUGACCUGUUUCGAGGAGGCGAUGAACCAGGGAAUCCCGAAGGACCAGUGCACGUGUGAGGGCAUCAUCGCGCCCAAGACCUACUCCAUCACCAACUGGAACAAGGAAGUAGACCUGUUGGACCUCGAAGCGGGGUUGAUCACUUUCCUUGCGGAGGGUGACUACGAAUUGAAGCUGAUCGCUGAAGACGCUAACGGAAACGAGGAGGCCUGUAUCGGCAUCACGUUGGCAGUGAAGGAGUGGGUGGAUCCUAACGACACUGGGGGCGGCUGGCUCUUCGGCAAGAGGCGCUAAACCAGGCACUGACGUCAGCACAGUUUUCAAUGACGUCAAUUGGCGUGACGUCAGCACAGUUUUCAAUGACGUACUUAAUGAGAUGGUGCUGAUUAAUCGUCAAUAAAGUACUACCUAUGAUUCA